AUGAAAAGCUUUAUAUAUAUUGUGACAUUUCAUUUGAUUUUUCUUCCAUUUUUUGAUUGUACAAAUACAACGUGUGAUCAAGUACUACAACCUAUUGAAAUUAUUUAUCCUGAAUGUUUUCGUCCGACAGAACAAACUGAAAUCAUGGUGCAUAAAGAAUACUUCAAUCCAGUGCAUGGUUAUGCAAUUAGUCCAUUUAAAAGUCCAAAUGAAGAUAGAAAUCAUUUCCAUCACAGAAAUGUGAAUAAUAAGAUAAAGAUUAUAGUACUGCAUUUUACUGUUCUAGAUUUCGGAACUACUGUAAAAGAAUUUACUUCUAAAAGAAGUAAUACUUCUAGAAAUGUCAGUUCUCAUUAUGUAAUCGCGAGACCCACCGAAGCUAGAACACACAAUCAACUACUCCAGGUCGUGCCAGAGAAUUGCGUUUCGAAUCACGCCGGAAUAUCUUUAUGGGGCAACUACUCGUUAAUCAAUUCCAUAUCAAUAGGCAUCGAAAUCGUUAAUUAUGGAUAUAAUGCUACAAAUGAUUCGUGGGACCCGUUUUAUCAAGAUCAAAUUCGCAUUGUCGGUUUAAUGGUGGCUCGAAUGGUCGAUCAGUAUAAAGUGCUACCACACUAUGUAGUCGGACACUCGGAUAUAGCUCCGAACAGAAAAAUUGAUCCAGGUGUAAUGUUUCCAUGGAGAAAAUUGUAUAAGAACUAUGGCAUAGGUGCUUGGUUGGAUAACGAUGAAAUGAACGAGACAGUCGUAAUUGCCAAGUACAGUCCAUCAACGCCGUGCCCGAGUACACCAGACCAGAAGCUGUUUGUCAAUUAUUUGGGUGUUUACGGUUACAAUAUAAGUGAUGAGAUUCAAGCCAUUAAGGCAUUUAAGGCACACUUUACGGCCAAUCAAAAACCAAAAUUGUAUAAUAGCUUAAUAACACGUCUUGAAAUGUAUUGGAUUUGGGCUUUGGUAGCCAAGUAUUCACAUUAA